CAAGCUGAUAUAAAAUCAGGCGUGAUAGUAUUGUUCAUUUGUGUCUGUCGAGAUGUGGACGGCAGUGUUUGUGAUACUUUUUGCAGUGUGGAAAGUCUCUUUUCUACACCUGUAACAGCAGAGGAGGAAUAUGACUUCAAGAUAUGGAUAUCCAAGUACAACAAAAAAUAUGACUUAAUUGAGUAUUACCAGCGUCUGAAGGUUUUCACUGAGAACAAGAAGGUGAUUGAGACCCAUAAUGCAGGGAAUCACACAUUCACAAUGGGGCUGAACCAGUUCUCUGAUAUGACCUUUGCUGAUUUCCGGAAGUACUUCCUCUUGAAAGAACCCCAGAACUGCUCUGCCACUCACGGGAACCAUGCAAGAGGAAAGGGACCUUAUCCUGAUUCUAUUGACUGGAGGAACAAGGGGAAUUAUGUGACACAUGUAAAGAAUCAGGGGGGCUGUGGAAGCUGUUGGACAUUCUCAACCACAGGCUGUUUGGAAUCUGUAACUGCUAUUUCCACUGGAAAGCUACUGUAUCUGUCUGAGCAACAGUUGGUAGACUGUGCCCAGGCCUUCAACAACCAUGGCUGCAAUGGUGGACUUCCCAGUCAAGCUUUCGAGUACAUCAUGUAUAAUAAAGGAUUGAUGACAGAAGAUGACUACCCUUAUGAUGGUGUUGAUAAAGACUGUAGAUUUAAACCUGAUCUGGCUGCUGCUUUUGUGAAGGAUGUGGUCAACAUAACAAAGUAUGAAGAGAUGGAGAUGGUGGAUGCAGUUGCCAAUCACAAUCCUGUCAGCUUUGCCUAUGAGGUAACUGGUGAUUUCAUGCACUACAAAAGUGGUGUUUAUACAAGCACUAAGUGUCACAACACUACCGACAUGGUGAAUCAUGCGGUGUUGGCCGUAGGCUAUGGGGAGGAGAAUGGACUUCCUUACUGGAUCGUCAAGAACUCCUGGGGAGCUGAAUGGGGAAUAGAUGGGUACUUCUACAUUGAGCGAGGAAAGAACAUGUGUGGCCUGGCAGCUUGUGCUUCUUACCCUGUGGUGUGAAUGAAAUAGAUCAGAGUGAACAGUAGGCUAUCGGCCCAGGACUCAGAAGAGGACUUAAAGGGAUAACACUGUGCAGCACAAGUUUGACAUGCUAAUGCACAAAUGCUUUAGUCUAGACAUUAUUGCAAUGCUUGAUUGCAAUUGCAAUUCCUGAUAUAAUACUACAGGUUGAUUUUAAUCUGCACAUUACUUCGCCUUUGCAUUGAUACAGUUUGGAUUUUAGAUCUGUUCUAAACUGUUGGUCUAAACAUGUAAAUGAAGCGUGGUUUGACUGCAAGAUGUGUUUUAUUAUUAAACAUGUAAUUGUAUUCUAAUUAAAGACCGUUCACUUUG